AAUAGGUCUAUAUUCUAUGAUUCAUUAAUAUAAUUAUCAGUUAACUUAUGCGUUUGUUGAAGAGAAAUGCACCCUGGAUCUGACUAGUUUUUUUUUUUUUCAAAUAAUUAUCUUCAAAUAUCUUGGUUGAAAAGUAUAAACGUAUUGUUCAGAAGAAAUGUUUGGUUUAGUUGUUUCAAAUUCACUCUUAUCAAAAUCACCACUGUACGUAAGACCUUGUGCGGCCUUUACCUCAAGGAAGCUACCAGUGUUGACAUUAUUCACUAAGGAAGAUUGUACCCUCUGUGAUAACGCCCUGGAAGUUCUAAAGCCCUAUAGUCACCAGUUUGAACUGGAGAAAGUGGACAUAACAUUGCCAGAAAACAAGGAAUGGUAUAAGAAGUAUAGAUAUGAUAUCCCCGUGUUCCAUCUGAACGGACAAUAUCUGAUGAAACACCGCACUGAUCUACAAGUGUUCUUAAAGAGAAUGGCAGAAAUAGAAAGGACCAAUUAAGUUUAAACAACUGCUGCAUUUUUACCAAUUUUAUUCA